UAAAAUAAGUAAUCCGUUUGACAAAAAAUAAAGAAAUGAUUAAGAAGAAGAAGGAGAAGAAAAUCGCAUGGGGGAAACAGAGGACAGAGAACUGCGAAGGAGGAAAAGAACAGAAAAGCCACCCACCUGACCUAACAUAACCAAACAAACCUCUUACCCCAAUUCGAGUUUUCCUCUUCUCUCCUCUCCUCUGGAUUUCCCUCUGAGUUCACCUUCUCUGAAUCGGCUUUAGUCUUCUUCAUUCACCAGCGCAAUUCGUUGUAGCGGAUCUGAUUUGGUUUUUGGGCGGUCUGCAGACACUGCAUGCUUGUGGGGAAGCAAUUCUGCCCAUUUGGUUGAGACUCCACAUACAUGACAGGGACACCCUUUUUCCUGCCCUGGAUAUCUGCUUGGAAUUAAACUUAUCUCACUCACUUUGGUCAUUAAUGUGGCCCAUAUAUUUGCUAUUCAACAAGAUUCUCAAGACUGGAGAUGAGAGAGAACUAAUAAGAGGAGAUCAUUUGAAUGCAAUAGAUCCAUACCUCUUUCAGCAGCCAUCAAGUAACAUAGAUUCUCAUCCUUCCUCCUUGCUCUGUUCUCACUUGCCUGAUGUACCGCAUGUAAACCAAAUAUAUACAUGGGAUUGUGGCCUUGCUUGUGUCUUGAUGGUUUUGAGAACUAUUGGUGUCAACAACUACGAUAUUCAAGCAUUGGCUGAACUAUGCUGCACAAAUAGCAUUUGGACUGUUGAUUUGGCAUAUUUAUUACAGAGAUUUUCUGUCACUUUUUCCUACUUCACGGUGACAUUUGGUGCAAACCCAAACUAUUGUGUUGAAUCAUUUUACAAGGACUUUGUUGCAAACAUUCUGAAGGAGGAGCUGCCUAAUGAUCUAGUGAGAGUGGAUUUACUAUUUCAAAAAGCAAUGGAAGCUGGGAUUGAUAUACAGGUAUGCUGCAUGCCUGCACCAUUUUUAUUGGAUCCUUCGAGUAACAAUCUGAUAGAAGUUAUGAGUUUGUCUCCUAUUGGAGAGAAAAAUGAAAAUGUUACAGCAUUUCUUUCCAUUAGUUUUUUUGUUGUCAUGUUUGCCUUGACAAUUGAAAGUUUAAACUCAGUUCACUCGGUUGUAAUUUUACUAUAUAAUUGAGCAGUGAUUGUUAGGAAAUCAGCGUUUUAUAAGGCUUUUUAAAUUGAUUUUUUAGGUAGAUACGUUGAUAUUGGAAGAAAAUGACAAAUAGAAGUUUUGGUUAUUAUCUUAAUAGUUUUAUUUCUAUGUGGACAUUUUAUUUGCUUAUGGCCUACAAACCUUUUGUUAGGAAUCACACAAAAAUAGAAACAGAAAAAAUAAUUAUUGAGUUAAUUGGAAAAAACAGAAAAUAGGAGAGAUGCUUCUAUUCCAAAGGUUUCCCCCUUCACAAAGGAUUUCUCAUUUCACAGAGCAAAAGCUCAAUCUGCAAAUGAUUCAAGAUAGGGUGCCUCUCU